CAUGGCAAACCUCCCAAGAGGCCCAGCAAGGCCUGGAGGCAAUGGAGGCUCCACACCUCCAACCUAAGACCGAUGGCCUCCAACCGUGGCAAACCUCCCAAGAGGCCCAGCAAGGCCUGGAGGCAAUGGAGGCUCCACACCUCCAACCUAAGAGCGAUGGCCUCCAACCAUGGCAAACCUCCCAAGAGGCCCAGCAAGGCCUGGGGGCAAUGGAGGCUCCACACCUCCAACCUAAGACCGAUGGCCUCCAACCGUGGCAAACCUCCCAAGAGGCCCAGCAAAGCCUGGAGGCAAUGGAGGCUCCACACCUCCAACUUAAGAGCGAUGGCCUCCAACCAUGGCAAACCUCCCAAGAGGCCCAGCAAGGCCUGGAGGCAAUGGAGACUCCACACCUCCAACCUAAGAGCGAGUCCAGUGUGGUGCGCACAGAGAUGCAGCUGGCCGAAUCUCCCAAAGAAGCAAAAGAUCUCACAGAUCUCAGCGAUUUGACCUUGACACGUGCUGCAAUUCGAUUACAGGCAUUGUACAGGGGGAAGAGGGCCCGAGAUGCAAGAGCCAAGGAAUCGUCCAAUGCGGUGGUAUACGCCAAAGUGGAGGUGCCAGAACUCAACAACACCGGGAACAUGGUCAGCCACGAACACGCCGUAGAGCAGACUGCCAAGCAGUUUCCUCCGGCCGGUGAGCAUGAAAAAUCCUCAGCCAGCCCCACACUGGCAGCCGCUGUCAAGAUACAAGCUUUUCACCGUGGCAGGUUGGCGAGGAAAGGAAUCCAAAAAAUCCCGAAGUCCUUUGACUCUCAGGGAGACACACCGAACUUGGCAAGUUCCCAAUCUGAAGACGCUGUUGUUCGAAUGCAGGCACUCUACCGAGGCUGGCAGGUUCGAAAGGGACAUCAAGGACACUCUUCAGCUUUAUCGAUUGGGCAGGUUGGAAUGCUGCGCAUCAAGGCUGUGAGGACUCACAAGGCAUCCAAAUUUCAAGUGAGGGGUUCGUUUCUCGAAGACAAUGCCAUGCUCCUACCAUCAAACCACGAAGCCACAUCCCAAGCAGCAGUCAGACUCCAGGCCGCUUUUCGUGGGAAUCGCGUCAGACAGCGACUCAAAGAAGAACGAUGGGCGGCGAGGAAAAUCCAAAAAAGCUGGUCUGGUUGGACAAAAUUGAAGAAAGCCCGCAUGAAGAUAGCUUCAGUUGCUGUGCUGAGAGUUCAAGUGCACAACUUUCACCAAGCUGACACAGCCACCAAAGAGCACAUCCAAGUUGACAAGAGUUUCUUGGAUACCGAAGAAGUUCGUCAAGGUUUAUCAGACUACGAGGCUGCGACAAAGAUUCAGGCGUGCUUUAGGGGCAAGAAGGGACGAGCUAUUGCUGCCAGGGAGGAGACCCUCCGACAUCAGACGUCCGCCAAUAUGUCGAUCAUGCCCACAAUGCCAGGUCUUGCUUCUUCAGUGUCUUUGGGGCCUAGUGCCAUGGAUGCUGUUCGGAGGUCUCUUCUAGCUGGCUCUGCUGUGGUCGAUGAAGGCAUUGCCAAGAUCUAUCGCCGAGCCAGUGACACCUUCGAAGAAGCGCUUGCUGCCAGUGAUCGGGCUGCCCAAAGAGCGUCCGUAGUGAUUGGUGAGUCGUUGCUCCAAAUGGUGAUCGAUACGUCGUCACCCGUUUCACCACGCGAAAAGCACGCCGCAGGUCACGCAGAGUCGCAUGCAGACACCAGUGGCGACAAGGAGUUGAACCGUCAGAAGGAGGCCAUUGCUGAUAUUGUCCAGUCCAUUGACGCAACCAGCGCAAAGCUGGAGGCUUGGCUUCAAAGGCGGGCACGGCAACAACCGGUGGCCACAAACAACGAGACGCGAGGCGAAAAUGCCGUCUGGCCUCCACUGCACUUAUCCGAGUUGAUGCAGAAGCGCCGCCGGGACCUGACAGAGCAAGGGUACGAAGUUGGAUGACAACAUGCUGUUUCUUCACCGAACUGAGAGACAGCCAUGGCCACCAGCCACACCACCGUUAGACCCUUUUUGGCGCGACCGUUUCGGCCCGGAGGAGCGGUCCGAGUGGAGGCGAAAACGAGGCGAACCGAGGCGAACCGAGAGUCGCUGCUUUUCGAGCCCGGUGCCAGCGAUGCCAGCGAUGGCGGUCAAGUUCGUCCUCUAUUUGUAUCACAGGGCUCAAGAUGCUUGGUCAAGCCACGCGAGGCCUUG